AUGCCGAGUAAGGCUGUUAUGGAUGGAAUACGAAACCAGGUAAUGGAGGCAUUGGAAAUUUUGCACAAGAUUGCUGGUCGCGCAAAGGGCAAAUCGCUUUUUCCAGAAAUAGAUCAGAAUUUGCAUUUACAAUGCGUGUACAAAAAGCCGGCAAUGGCUAGACCCGAAGUUCUCUAUAGGCGAAUAAUUUUACCUCAUCCAUUGCUCUCAAAAGAUACUACUACGAUUUGCCUUAUUAUGAGAGAUAUAGAUAAAUCAAAGAAAGCACGAAAUGACCCAGAUGUUGAGAAAGAAGCUCUUGAGUGGUCGGAUAAACUUCGUGAGAUGUAUGGAAUUACGCAAAAAAUUGUGCAAAAGGUUAUUACAAGACGCCAGCUGCGGCGCGAAUAUAAGGAAUAUGGUGCUAAGCGUCUAUUAGCUACGGCUUAUGAUCUUUUUUUAGUGGACUCUACGGUAGCAAGAAAUGUUUUGAGGUUUUGUGGCAAAGAUUUCCACAAAGCUAAAAAGAUGCCUUUUAUCAUAAAUUUUACUCGAUCCUCUUCUGUGAUGCGGCAGAUAGAUAAGGCCUAUCGAUCAUUCACAUUGCCGCUAUCUGCGCAUCGUACUAGGACAAGUCUGAGCUUCGGUAAUUUGAGCCAUUCAUCUGCAGAUUUAGUCGACAAUGCAAUGGCUGCUAUAUCGGGACUGUUUCAUUAUUGUCCAGGCGGUUUUCUUAAUGUUCGUAGUAUCUAUAUGCAGAUAACUAGUGGUGGCCCAACGAUACCUAUAUAUGUUGAUACAGAAUCAAAAAAUAUUGUGGAGUUGCCUCAACCCAUUGCCAAGCAUAAGCGACCAGAAUUUCAAGAGACAUUUGGCGAGUUGUCAACAUUGCCUGAAGGUUUGGAAGUAGCUGUCAGAAGAGAUGGAGCUGUUCGAGUAAUCAAUGCUGAGACCAAGAAAACAGUUCUUUAUCCUACUAUUCACGACGAAUCGGAAAAAACCGAUGACUUAAAGCCUCGAAUCGAUCCUAAAAAGAUAAUUAAGAAGAAAAAGCUAUCAAAACGAAAAAGGCGGCUUCUUGCGAGCUCGAAAGAAGUCAUCAAGAAACCCAGUUUCAAACCCAUUAGCAAAGCGUUAUUGGCGGAUAAAGGCGGCAAGAAUAAACCCAUGGCGCAGGUUAACAGAAGUUCGGAAAUCAAACAGAAAAAAUUGACAACACAAAACGAAAAACGGAGGUCAAAAAAGAAUUCAAAAUAA